UUAGAACAGUUGCAUUUUAUAAAUGUGACGUCACGAUCAAAGACCAACAGACCAGACCUCGCCCAACGCGUCGAUCGGGACAGAGAUUGUUGCAAGUUUUGACAGGUGCAUAAAUAUCAGCCAUGCGUGAAUACAAGCUUGUUGUCUUGGGAUCAGGUGGUGUUGGCAAGAGUGCCUUGACAGUACAGUUUGUUCAAGGAAUCUUUGUCGAGAAAUAUGAUCCUACCAUCGAAGACAGCUACAGAAAGCAAGUGGAGGAAAAUGGCUUAUCAUGUAUGUUGGAAAUUCUGGAUACGGCAGGAACAGAACAAUUCACAGCCAUGCGAGACCUGUACAUGAAGAACGGUCAAGGGUUUGUCCUGGUCUACUCUAUCACAGCUCAGUCCACAUUUAAUGAUCUGCUGGACUUAAGAGAACAGAUCUUACGAGUUAAAGACACAGACAAUGUGCCCAUGGUACUGGUGGGGAAUAAAUGUGAUCUUGAAGAUGAGAGAGUAGUUGGCAAGGACCAAGGAGUAAACCUAGCCAGGCAGUUUGGAAACUGCACAUUUUUGGAGACAUCGGCCAAAGCCAAGAUCAACGUGGACGAGAUUUUCCAUGACCUGGUGCGGCAAAUCAACCGUCAGACACCUGAUCCAAGACGGAAGCCCAAGCAGAAGAAGUCAGGUUCAGGGAAAUCCUGCGUAUUGCUGUGAGGGGGACCCUGGUGCUGUUAAAAGGGGGAGUGCACGCUUAAAUAGGGGGAUUUUUGGCAUGGUAGAACGUGCUUCAAUACUGGCUCCAUUCUCAACUCAUGUUUGUCAUGCCUCGGUGCUGUUCAUCCUAGUCAUCCGUCAAGUAUUUUCAACCAUUUGACUGUUUGUAUGUUCAGUGGGAUUGGCAGGAAAGCACACUUUCUACAGAGAAAGCUUGGAACCAAGGAUUUGUGAGAUGUGACCGUACAGGUGCAUGUGUACUUGAGCUUUGUAUCCUAUAGCAGUGUAUGCGCAUAAUGUUCUUUGUCCCAUCGGCUUCAGUUCUAGCAGACCCUGAUAUCAUCAUCAUCAUGAAGCAAAUUAUGAAUGUUGUCAUUCACAGCAUGUGUUGGGGGUCAACAGAGGAAUCAAAUUUUAUGGUGUACAUUUUUAAAAAUUUAUUUGGAAUAAGGUAUCGUUUAUUUUCAUUUGUCCACAAAUGAGUAAAGGUAGGCUCAUGGUGUUUUGAAUUAGCAGUCAGCUUUUUAUGGAGUUAUUUGGAGGGAUUUGAUCAGUGGUUAAAGAGGAUGUUUUGUGUGUUUGUACCUGAUCAAAGUUGAUUGAACCUUACAGGAAAUCAGUUGUGGGUUUCAUUAUUUUUUCCAGUCCAUCUACACAUAUUUCCCGUUACAAACACAUGCCGGUACUGGGGUUACCCUUAACCACUUUCAUUUCUCAUCUCUGUUUUGGAAGUGUGCUGUUCUUUCCCGGUGUUCAUGUCUAAGCAUACCUGUACAACCACUUUUGUAUAAGACUGGCAUGUAGUCUGGUGCCACCAGUAGUCUUGAAGCUAGACCUCUGUAACACAUGCAUAACAUAAAACUGGGAAUAGGGCCUGCUGGAAACACAGGAAUUGAAUGUUGAAUAGUGUCAUGUCUGCUGCCUGACGUUAUUAGACCACUUUAUUGUAGAUGAGCCAUAAGGAACCAGGCAUUUGUUGGCUUAAUAAGGGAUGAUCAGUUUAUUAUGAUGUAAAUGAACUUGAACUCAAAAUUGUGAAUACCACACAGUUGUGCCAACAAAGUGCUAUUUUUUCAACUUAAAUACUGACGAAAAUAACUCUUACUAUGUCUGAUAAUGACGACCCUAAUAGUGGUCAGAAAGUGGUAGUCUCAUUGCAAAAUUAUUUUGUUGCCUGGGACCACUUUGUCAAGUUUAUUAUUUCAUGAAAUUUUCGCUUCUUAAAUUUGUAUGCUUGGCAAAAUUCAACUGAGAAAAAGCCAAUUAUUGUAUUUUACCUGUUACUGAGGCCGAUAAGCUCAUUAAAAUAAUCCCAUGUACGCAGAGCAGUUUGAACAUGAUACAACAUUCAAGUGGCCAUGGCGCUACCGGCUUGUCUUUUUGUAAAUGGCAAGUAAUGGACAGUAAAACGUGACCUGCCAAUGCUUUGCAGUCCAAGUUGCCUUUCUUGUUGUUUCUAAAAGAGAGUUUCCAGAAGAAGCCAUGUUGACGGUCAGUCUUAUUUUUUGUUCCUCCGUGGAGUAUGCAGAAGGGGAUCACAGGUGCUGUAGCUGAGAUCACCAGCAGGAAAAUUGGAAUAUAAUUAAUGGUAAAAUUAUCUGCACAGGUUUUCAUCAUUGCCUCGUUCUUUACAACAAAGCAUUUUGUUUCCUGUGUAAAGAAUCCUUGUUACCAGACCACAUUGUUCUGUUUCAUUCCCAAGAUUCUGGUAGAGUAAAGAAACUAGUGUUGAAAACAAAGCAAGUACCCUAGGGAUUUCUAUUUAUUGUGUGACCGUGCAGAGAUCCUUUGUGUUUAUUCUCAUGGUCGUUUUCAUAGCCUUUAGCCUAGUUUUGACAUAGAAACGUUUAUGUUCUGCACUUUAUCCCCUCAAACCCGUGGCAUAGUCAUCUGAAAUCUAGACUAGGUUUUCAUAGAUGCACUGUUCCCCAAAAUGAAAAGUUCUCCGAAAAGACUGAUGUUAGGUCUAAUUAUUCAAGCCGGAGUAUUUGCCAUUCUUCGUAUGCUGUUGUCUUUUCACAUACAAGUCUUUUUGAUAUGAACAUUGUAAUUCUAACCUUAAGUUAGACCCUAUUUACAUGAAUGUUGUGGAUAUGCAAGUGGAGUUUGCUUUUCUCUGAUGUUUCAUCCUUGUCAUUUUGAUUGGAACAGUUUGAUGCUCUUGGACUAUUUCUUCAUGGGAGAAUAUUUCAUCUUUCCUUCUGUGUUGGAUUUCUUCAACUAAGGGUUUUCCCAUAAUUUGAGUGGAUAACCCCUAUCAUUUUUUCGUUACAUUUAGCAUCAACAUAGCAACCAUUGUAUCAGAGAAAUCUAACAACCUGCAUUAAGAUGACACUUUAGUAUCUGGGGUGGGGAGGGAGCUUUGUUGUGACCCCUCAAGUUCUGAAAGGAAACUUCAGCUAAACUUUCCUGAAGAUGAUGCUUUUGAGGUGACGUUGCAAAAUGUUAUGCAAUAUAUAUAUACAUGUAAUACCUCUCUUCAACGGACCAAUGCAGGUAUUUUGAGUGAUAGAAAUAACCUUCCUUCCACUCUGCUAGCACCCAGUGCCCUGAGGUCAAAGGUGACUUAUCUCAUUGAAAAUACUGUAAAGGAAAUGCAAAGAAUUAUGGGUUGUUCUAGCAUAAGCAGUGUGUCUUGAAGAGUUGAUCUUGAGGUCACUAAAAGUUAACGAGUGAGAGGUCACUUAAACAGCCGUUGCCCUUGGAUUAUAAGGUAGAGGACGUUAGCUCCUAGUUAUUAGCACAUCCUUCACUAGUCUCAACUCUGCUAUCAUUGAGUAUUAGAUUCCGUUUUGCAGUUUUACUGCAGUUACAUAUUCUGGCACAUAUUUUAUUCCAUGUGUUCUGGUGUGUCUGUUUAUAGCUCGACUACUGAUGGGUGUGAUAUGACCUAUAUUUAUCCAUGGUGUAGCAGGAGAUUGUUAGUGAAGGCCGUUUAUGCAACGACAAUGAAGUUCAGAUUUUGCUCAUACCUUUAAUUGCAUCAGAUCACCCAUAUCUUGGUGGUUGGCUUCAAAUACACACCGCAAUACGGGUGAUUGCAAAGGUAACUGGACAUUUGAACACUAAACAGUUGGCACAGGCAAGUAGUGUAAACACAGGGCUCAUUGGCAAUGUAUUUGGAGAUUGUUGGGUUUUGGUUGGAGUAAUAUAACAGGUCAAGCAGUCAUGUCCAUAGAUACACUUCUACUCAAAAAGGAUGUAACAGCAGAUCUCCUUCACUAAGUUGUGCCGACUCGUAUUUUUCUGACCCAACAGUUGCAUUCAGCUUUUUGUUUCGGUAAUUUUAGCUUUGAUGUAGUUGAUGAAGGCAAAACAUUGAGUUGAGAAGCACUUGAGACAGGAAUCAUUCAAUGUUUAAAGUCUUACCUGGCAUGUAAUUGUCAAGAUAACUGCUCCCCUUGCAAAUGUAAUGCUUAGAAGUGAGUUUUAACAAAGGUAUGUUCUGUGGAACAAAUGUGGAAUUAAUUUUGCAACUGUAUCAGGCAUGAACCAGCGUUUACAGAUUAUCUGCUUUGAUGAAUGUUAAACUGUAAAUAAAUCAAAAGUCUUCUGUAAAAAUAAUAUUUUCUUUUCUUUUCCUUCAUUAUUCAGACCCUAUUUGAUUGUAGUAAUUUUUGUCAUGUAGUUGAUGUAUCACUUGCCCAUCUUGGUUUGUUUGUAAGAUGGAUGAAAUGAUACUAUUCAAUGCAAUGUCCGUGCUCUUGCUUCAGCAAAUUGUCUUAUAGCAAACAGUGUGUCUUCAUUUGACUCGUUUGAAAAAAGGGAUUGCCCAUUUACUUCAUUUAAAUGUAUUUAAUGUAAUAUACUACUCCAAAAUCUUGUUCUUGGGUCACAGCUAUUCUGUAGCCUUGUAAUACACAACAAAAUAGACUGAAAACUACUAAUAUUAGAGGUUUUUUAAAGUACAAAUAAGUUAAGAUUGAUGGAAAGUUGUCAUUUAAACUGGCAGGUGUAAUGUGUUCCUGAAGUCUUAUUGUUGACAAAAAGGUGGACAUCUGUAAAAAUGAAUAUGGUGUUUAACAAAGAUAAGGGUUUAUACCAAACCCAGUUCAUAGAUACUGCAUACAAAUACAUGUACAUAACUCCAGCUGCUUACGGGAGGCUCAGUGCCACUGUGGAGGGUUGAACGUGACUUGUUAAUUGAAAGUGAAAUGAUCUGUAUACCGUUCAGGGUUUGCACGGCUGCCAUCUUGCAGGCCAGUGCAUUUGUUUCACAGGCUAUGCACAAAGGCGGUUUCCCUAUGGAACAACAGAAGUGCCCUGCAAGAUGGCUACCAUGCAAAGCCCUCUAUACACCCAUGAAUGGUUUGCAUUGCAGUUCUAUGGAUGUGGUCACAGCAUCCUCCAUUUUUAACUGUCCAGUAGCAUAAGGAAUGGUUGUUUCUUUGUAAGCAUGCACAAUUUGAUUUCAGUGUCGUUCAUAAUACACUCAUUUACCAUUAUGUGAACGUACAUGUGCACUCCAACAUUUGUGAUUGCAAAACAUUGGUGCAUUAUCAGUGUACUGGCGGUAGGGCAUCGUUAGGUCAGGUGUUAAUCUCUCCUGCCUCGUGGGAAAAGUCUUAAAUUGUCAAACCCACAGAAAACAUCCAAGUAUGUUCCUUGUUUCUAUCGAAACCAUGACUUGGUUCUUUUCAUUGUGCAAUUGAAGGAGGCAUCCUCAGAUGACCUUUAACCUCUGACCUAACAAUGCCCUACAGUUGAAAAGUUUUCUGACUCCAGCCUUCAGUCUUUUUUAAGAAGUGAUUGUGGUUUAUAGGCUCAAUACAUUUUUACAAACUGUACACAUUUCAAUGAAUACCACAACAGCUUAACAAUAAAGUAGCAACUUCUACAG